GACGUGUUUCCAAAAACAUAAUCACGAAUUAGUUGCCUUUAACAUAAAUUAUAACACAUAGCUGAGCAACAAUGAACGGGGCAGCGCGUACAACACACAACUAAAACUAUAUAUUUUUUAAAUAAAUACUAGCUACUCAUACACAAGGGAACAAAGUAAAGUAUUUCGACAUUUAACAUAGAAGAACGAUUGCGGUUGCAAGCUGAAUGAAAGCGUUCAGCAACGGCGGCCUUAAUGACAACAACAAAUUAAACAUAUAGUCGUAUUGAAAGACACGACGGUGUCAGUAACAGCAGCGGCAGCAGCAGCGCCGACGACGGCGGCGCAUUGCAAAAUUGUAGCCGUGGCCCAAAAGCAGAGCAAGAGCAGCCAGUAAAGUGUUAGACACGCAAUCAUAACGCCAGCGUCAUCCAAGCCGAGCCUCUAACACUAAGAGCAACAAAAAUAACAAAAACAACAGCAGCAACAUGGCUCUACUGACGAUGAUCGCUCGAGUUAUUGAUGGCCUGCCACUGGUUGGCACCAUGCAGGACGAUGAACAGAGCGGACGCAGCAUCUUGGACUAUCAAAACCAGGCGAAAAUGCUAUUUCGCAAGCUGGGCACACACUCGCCGGCACGAAGCAGCAUCGAAACAGGACCAUAUCUAUUCCACUAUCUAAUCGAAAAUGAAGUCUGCUAUUUGGUAAUGUGCGAUAAAAUGUAUUCGAAACGUUUGGCCUUCAACUACCUGGAGGACUUGGCGCAGGAGUUCCAUUUGAACUACGGACGUCGUGUGAACUCCGUGACACGCCCCUACGCCUUUAUUGAGUUCGACGUGUACAUACAGAAGUCGAAAAAACAAUUGACUGACCGAAGACGCAACAUCAGCAACAUAAACACGCAGCUCCAAGAUGUGCAGCGAAUCAUGGUACAGAACAUUGACGAUGUGCUGCAACGUGGCACGGUCCUGGCAGAGCUGGAUACGAAAACGCAGAAUCUGUCGAUGAUGUCGCAGAAAUAUAAGAAGGAUGCCAAACUACUAAAUCGCAAGUCGAUGUAUGUGAAGGCGGCGGCCGUUGGCAUCGUAUUCCUAGUGUUUAUCUUAUACUUUUGGGUUUUGUAAUAUUUGUUAGUUAUAGUAGUUGCUAGUUGUAAGCGAGGCAGCGGCGUGUUGUCGCUAUCGCCGUUGCCGUUGCCGGCCUCGUUAAGCAUUGUGCUGUGGAGCGUCAUAGACGCGAUCGAGACAUGUGCGCCAUGCCAAAAGACAUUUAUAUAUUUCAUAUUUGACAAUUGUGUGUCAACAAAAUCAUCGAGAACGAGCUGGUACAUAAGGCACGCGCUGCUUGCCUGUCGUUUUACAAAUACCUUGCUUUGCGUUUGGGCCAAAAUUUCGUUUCUGUAACUCACAACUACACCACAUACAAAAUAUAGUAUACAGAUAUAGGCAUUUUUUAUAGAA